CCCUUAGAUAAAGGAACCGCGCGUUGCCGCCAUACUCUGCGACUGCGAAAGGUAGGCGGACGGGAAUUUGUGUUCUUGAUCGUUUUUUGGCGAAAAAAUAAUUAAUUGAAGUGUUUUUGAACCUUCAAUUUCGUGUAUGGAUCCACGAUACACCGCCGAAAUAUUCAAGCAUUUGGAGAUGCAGAAUGAGCUGCUUUUAGAAUCUCAUUCAUCAGUUUCUCAUCAAUUGCAUAAGCUUCAGGUAGAAGAAGAGAUGUUGAUGCGUAAAUUUCAUGAACUUAUGAAGGCUCAAGCUGUAAACAAAAAGAAUGAAAACAAUGGUAACAUUUCCACUGCUUUAGUUGAUCCAGCCUGCAUUGAAGGUGAUGAAACAGGUAAUUCCGCUCCUUCAGUUCUUGUAAAGAGCAAGGAACAAUUGUGAAAAAAGCUUUGUUCAAGUUUAAAUCUCAAUCAAGAACUCUGGUAACUUUUUAAUGUAGUGUUAAAAGUUUUCUCUCCAUCCUUUGAAUUUCAAUGAUUGCUGUAUAUUUUGGAAGCGAUUUCAGUCUUUUCUUUUUCUUAUUUUGUUGGUUCUUUAAGAUCACUAUAGGUCUUUUCCUAUUGUAGACAACAACUUUGACGUUGAAUGUGAAUGUGGUUAACUUCGUGAA